UAUCAUCAUCUGGGCUGGAGGAGCUGCUCAUUUCACUGCCUGCAGCACUGAGACAUUACCAAGAUGCUGAAAAAACUCCUCAACUAUCUUCGUAGUGACAAAGCCGGCCCCACCGGGGCAGUCAUCGUGAUGCUCGGCAUCGUUUCUUAUAUGAAGCUCUAUUUCUUGAGUUGCAACGUCCAAACUUUUGAAUGCAAUGAAAUCAUGGCUGUGCCGUUCUUCUUAGUGUUCUUCUUAAUGCUCCUGAUAGAUCAGACAUUUCGGAGCGCAGCGAAAAACGCAGGCACGCUUUUAUGUCUUGUAGUGAAGCGCGUUUUCAGAGCGAUUUCAAUCGGUCUGCUGUGGGUCGUAGCUAUGCUGAUACUUACAAACUGGUAUGUUUGCUGCAACACUGACGAAGAAACGAGGAUGCUGUUCCGCAAAGAUCGACUUAAGCCCGAAGAAGAAGCUCGAAAAACUGAAGUGAUAAUCAAGUCAAAGCUCAUCGCUUAUUCUCUGCUCCUGGGUAUGACUGUUGUAACUUUCUUUGUCAAUUGGAGUGGAUGGAGAAAAUACUUUAUAAACAAAUUUAGUUGUUGCAACAAGAAAACUUUUUAUUACAAACUGAUUCUGGAAGAGGAGAAAAAGGUUCUGGAGGAGCUUCUGAGGAAAGAAGCAAACGAGACCUUAACUAAAGAGAUUCAGAGCAACAUAAACAGGAAAGACUGGGACGGCUGUUUUAAUGUUGCUCAGCAAAUGAUCAAUAAAGCCAAAGAACAAAAACCAACAGCAACAAACGAGGACUUCAAGUGGAUCAGCGAGGGGAGCGCCACAGGAGGGGAGCAGGAUCAUGGAGCAGCACAUCAGCAGGCACAAAAUUAUGAGCUUCACGCAGUGCCACAAGAGUUCAAGGAAAACGUGCCAUUAUUUGGUCAAUCUGCCUAAAAGAAAAUCAAGUGACGCAGCUACAGAAACAAAGCAAGUGACCACAAAGAGUUCAUGCUCAUCCAGCCUCCAUUUCCUGCUGCUUAUCUGGGUCCUGGUCCAGCAGCCUAAGCAGAGACGUCCUGAUCUCCAUUUGCCUGCCGCCUCCUCCACCUCCUCAAGGAUGGCACUGAAACAUCUGCAAGUUAGCCGAGAGAUGCAUUCUCUCUUUGUCAGAGUGGAUAAAGUGCCGGUUCUUUGCUGUUGCUGUUUGUAAUGAUAAAACAUAUCAUGUUUUAUAUUUCUGAUAUUUCAGCUUUCUUUUAAUAAACUUGUAAAUCGAGUGCUGUAAACAAAUAUUCAUUAAAAUAAUCUGCUGUGCUAAAAAAAAAGUCAAAGGCUCUGACCUGUUUACUUAGUUCAUUUUGGCCUGACAGUGCACACUGUAAACCCAGAUUUUGAUUUGACUUAAAAAUAUGGAGUUCAUAUUACUUAAAAUUGCCUAGUGUGUGAACAUUACUUGUUAAUGCUGAGUAAGCUGAGCUGUUUCAUGUCCUUUUUUAUUGGAAGUGUUUUUAAGUCCAAUCAACAGCUCCUACUGAAAUAAACAGACUGGCAUGAUGAGCAGUAGCACGGUGGUGUGGUGGUUCACUUUUGCCCUUUUAUUAACAAUUAAAUGGUUGCUGUGUGCUGCAACCAAAAUAAAACAGUAACAACAACCAGACUGACUCGGACAAUGUCGAGAGGGAACCCGGCAUGCUUGAUGCCGAAAUCGCCCAACUGUUCAACUCAGACACUGAAGAUGAGGAAUUUGAUGGAUUUGUGGAAGAUGAAUGAUUUAAA